AUGGCAAUGGAAAAGCAAUACGUCGUACGGGACACCCAUACGCGAUCUAUUACUGCUGUGGGAUAUAAUCCAGUACGGCGGGAGAUACUUUUAGGUUUCGAAGAUGGUGUCAUCAAAUCUUGGGAAGCAGAAAGUGGCAGGUUGAUUCAGACAUUUUAUGAGCACAAGGGCUGGGUCACAGACUUCAUCUUUUGGACUGAUGCAAAAGUGAUGUUUUCUUCAGCAAAUGAUGCUCAAAUUGUUGCCUGGAGUUCAGGAAGUGUAGCGGAUACUAUAAAUGUUGUACUACCAGUAUACUGUAUGGCAAUACAUCUUCGUCGACAACAGCUGAUGUGUGGGUCUAAUGGUGGUGUCAGAGUUUACGCUCUUGACAAAGAAAAGGAGUGUGGCCAUUACAUCAAAAGCUGUAUUCUGCAAUUUUCCAGAGAGCACACUGAUAUUGUGAGAUGUAUCUUGUGUCAUGAAUCAAGGGUAUAUACAGCUGGGUACGAUCAGCGUCUUGUGAUUUAUGAAUCCUCAUCUUACUCCAGAAAUCACAGUCUGACUACAGUAUUCAAAAAUGUUAUUCAUGACGCAGGAAUUGCAUGUAUGGUGUUAGCUAAGCACAAUGAAAACAACAUUUGGCUUUUAACUGGGUCGUUUGACAAAACUUUGAAGAUUUGGUCCCUUGACGGGAAACUGAUUCACAAAUUGGAUGUUUUCCUGGAUACUGUCAGUGGAAUUAGCUAUAUUCCCAGAAUUCGAACAGUUUGGGCAGCUGCUGGAACAUAUUAUGCUUACAUGUUUGAUCCAAAGUCAGGUGACAAUGUGUCAGAUUUUAUUGGAACAUUUUCUGAACAAGAAGAAGAAAAGUAUCAUCUUCAAAUCAUAAAGUUUUUCCCUGAAAUUAACCAAGUUAUUGCCUCCAGCAACCGCAGCCAUCUGUUAGUGUGGAAAUACAACCCAUCUGGCUGUGUGACAACACUUCACUGCAAAUCACAAGUGGAGAGCUUAUGCUACACAUCAAAAAUACCAGUUCUCAUCUUCAGUGGGGACCAAGAUGGGGCCAUUGUAAAGUGGGAAAGAAUGCAGUCCAAUCAUUUCAUGUACAGCAAGGAAACAUUCACACCUACGGACUUGAAAAUGAAAAAGAAAAUACAUGUAGGAAGUAAAGCUCGCCAACUGUUGUUGGAACAACAGCAAAUCCUCCAAGAAUUGAAACAUCAAAAGGCACAGCCUGGAGGAAAUGCCAAGACAGCAAAAAGCCAUUAUUCCUUCAGCAAAUCUGCAACGGUUCCGAACUCCUCUCAUCUGCACCCCAACACAGCCAUUUUGAAGAUGAUAUUCGUUGAGAGCAUGGAUCUUUUGCUGGCAGCAUCAGAAGAUAACAAUAUUUACGUCUGGGGAUUUGAUGAUACUGCAGUUGAGGUCCUGCAGAAUAUGAACCCUCAAGAGGAUGAUCUCCUGACUGAGAAAUAUGCUGUGCUGUUAGAUCCAGAUUCAGGAUUACUGCAUAAGCAAAAAAAACUGACAGAUACAGAUUCUGUAACCAACAGAGUUGCAGGCUUCAUUCUAAAGUACGUACUCUCCGAGCAUCUCAGCUGUGUAACAAGCCUAGUUUUAGUAAGCCGUGACCAUGGUGUGGAUGGAACUUUUGUUUUAAGUGCUGGCUGGGAUAGGAGAGUAUGUCUCUGGGAUCUGGAGGCUGGACAACUGAAAGAUACUUGCAAGAUUGAUCCUAAUUCAAGCACUUUUGUAAAUGAACUCGCCUCAGAUGAAAUUAUAACAGAUAUGGACUUUAGUCCUGAAAAUAUGGAAUUUGCCUACUCCUGCGCUGACAAGAUGGUAUAUAUCCGCAAGUUUUCAACCACUGGCUCCAAAAUGACACUGGCCAAUACACUGCAAGGUCAUGAGGCUGAAGUCACUUGUGUACGAUGGAACCACAUCUGUCAUAAGUGGGUAACUGGGUCAGAUGAUGGUACUAUCAGAAUUUGGUCCAGUCAUGGAAUGAAUGAAUGUGAACAGAUCCUCUCAACUCAAGGUGGAGUGACCUGUCUCUGUAUUGAUAAAAAUCAUGGGAGCAUUGUUGCAGGUGUUCAACAUCAAAUCAA